AUGCGCAAUCCCUCUGAGAAAACCAACGUGAACGAGAACAAUGUCUACUUUGGCACAGACUCGCUGAAGAAAUACUUCGACCCGGACUCUCAGCCUCCUCUGCCUCUGGUAGAGUUGCCGCCUCAUCUGAACCCAUAUCAUCAAGAUGGGGUGCGGAUCUAUGCCAAAAUGAUGACCAUGCACCCGGCCAACAACGUCAAGGCCAUGCCAGCAUUGAACAUGCUCGAAUCCAGCGUUGUACCUGGCAAGACAGAUAGGAUCAUCGAAUACAGCUCCGGAUCCACGGUGAUCUCCAUGUCGAUGAUUGCCCGAGUGAUGCACGGCGUGAAUGACACCCGGGCAUUCCUGAGCAACAAGACCAGCGAAGCGAAACUGAAGCUGAUGCAAUUCUUCGGUCUCGACAUUACCUUGUUCGGUGGACCAUCCCAGCCGGAGCCAUUGGACGAGCGUGGCGGGAUCCAGAAUGCCCGCCGACUCGCGUUGGGAUCGGAGCAUAUCGUCAAUCCCAAUCAAUACGAGAACGACCACAACUGGCAGUCUCAUAUCCGAUGGACCGGGCCCCAGAUUUACAAGCAGCUGCCUGAGAUCAACGUCCUCUGCGCUGGCAUGGGCACAUCUGGGACUAUGACUGGACUUGGAACAUAUUUCAAAGACGUGAGGCCAUCUGUCUACCGACUCGGUGUUUGUACCGCCCCUGGUGACCGAGUUCCGGGUCCGAGGUCAUAUGCUCUCAUGCGCCCUGUCGAGUUCCCCUGGAAGACAGCUGUGGAUACCAUUGAGGAAGUUGGAUCGACGGAAUCGUACACUCUGUCUUUGAACCUCUGCCGAGAAGGAUUGAUCUGCGGUCCAUCAUCGGGGUUCAACCUUCAAGGACUGUUCCAGAUGUUGGCAAAGCACAAGGCUGCGGGGACAAUGCCUAAGCUUGCAGGACCCGACGGCACUAUUCACUGCGUCUUCCUCUGCUGUGACCUACCAUACCAGUACAUUGACGAAUACUUUGACAAGCUGGGAGAGCAGCCAUUCCACCCAAUUCGAAACAAGAAUUUGACAAAAGUCGACCUUCACCGAUACGAUGAAAGCUGGGAGCGAGAAGCCCUGGAAGUUCUGCCACACUUCUACGCCUCCCCACGCCCCCUUGCGCAGAGCCUCCUGAGCGAAAUCGUGCUCCAACCACAAAACCGCGUUCUGGACCUGCGACAAGCGGAAGAUUUCCACGCGUGGCACCUUCCCGGGUCCCUGAACGUGCCGUUGUCCAGUGUGGGGCCGCAUACCGCAUCACCGUUUUCAGAUCCGACGCUGUUGGAGGCGCAAUGGGUGGAGCUGGUGAAGAUCUUCGAUGACGUAGUUUCAGAUCUUGGUAGACAUCACGUUCUUGUGGUAUGCUACGAUGGUGAUUCGGCACGCGUGGCCACCAGUGUGCUCAGGGCAAAGGGCGUUGAAGCAGACAGUGUGCGUGGAGGUUAUCGUGCACUGCGUUUGUAUGAGGGGAAUGAGUUUGUUUCUACCAAGGUUCCUGUGACUGUUUCUGUUGCUGUGCCCCUGGAAUAG